GAGGCCGUCCAGUCGGUUGCCCGGAUCAGGGCGACCGACGAGGAUUCGCCGCCGAAUAACUUCCUGACGUACACCAUCACCUCAGCCUCGGCCUUUCCCAGUUACUUCAGCAUCAUCAUGGUGGAAGGAUACGCAGUCAUCAGUGUGAUCCAGCCUCUGGACUAUGAACGGGUUCCAAACGGGAUCAUCUACUUAACGGUGAUGGCCAAAGACGGAGGAAACCCAGCCCUGAACAACACCGUGUCCGUCACCGUGGAGGUGAUUGAUGAAAACGACAACCCACCCAAGUUCAGCGAGCCGUCCUACAUCGUCAAAAUCCCAGAGAACAUCAACGCUGGGGCGACUGUGCUACUGGUGAAUGCCACUGAUUUGGACGCCUCGAGGGAGUUCGGCCAGGCCUCACUCAUCUACUCCCUGGAGGGCUCGUCUCAGUACCGGCUCAACUCCCGCUCAGGUGAGAUCACCACCACGGCUCUGCUGGACCGGGAGCUGAAGUCCGAGUACAUCCUGAUUGUCAGAGCGGUGGACGGAGGCGUCGGUCCACAACAGAAAACUGGCAUUUGCACGGUGAACAUCACCGUCCUGGACAUCAACGACAACGCCCCCAUCUGGAGGGACGAACCGUACCACGCCAACGUCGUGGAGAAAAGCCCCAUCAAUACUGACGUUAUGUCUGUUCUGGCGUUCGACCCUGAUGAUGGCAACAACGGGACGGUGGAGUACAGCAUCAACCCGGAGAACCCCUUCUACACCAUCAACAGCCACAACGGCAAGAUCCGAACCAGUGGCGUCACCCUGGACCGAGAGAGCUCCAACCCCAGGGACGCAGCGCUCAUGAGGACCAUCAUCAUCACCGCCGUCGACCGUGGAACGCCUCCACUGCACGCCACAGCCAGCACCACCGUGUUGGUCAACCUGCUGGAUCUGAACGACAACGACCCCACCUUCAUCAACCUGCCGUUCGUGGCUGAAGUUCCAGAGGGACUGCCCAUCGGAUCCUCCGUUUUUAAAGUCCAGGUGGAGGACCCAGAUGAAGAUAAGAAUGGUCUGAUCACCAUGGCCUUACAGGUGGGGAUGCCCCGCCUUGAUUUCUUCCUGAACACGUCCACGGGGGUGCUCACCUCCACCGCCGUCCUGGACCGAGAGCAGAUUGCACAGUACCACCUGAGGAUUAUCGCCUACGACGCAGGGAAGUUCCCUCGAACCUCCACUUCAACCCUCACAGUGACGGUUCUGGAUGUAAACGAUGAGACGCCCACCUUCAACCCCGCCGUCUACAACGUCUCUCUGAAGGAGAGCGUCCCCAGAGACCAUGUCGUCGCUCGUCUCAUCUGCUCGGACGACGACGCCGGCCUCAACGCCGAACUCAGCUACUUCAUCACAGGUGGUAAUCAGGACGGUAAAUUCAGCGUGGGCUUCAGAGACGGCGUGGUUCGGACGGUGGUGGGUCUGGACCGAGAGACUCAGGCAGCGUACACUCUGAUCGUAGAGGCCAUAGACAACGGUCCAGCGGGCAGCCGGAGGACGGGGACGGCCACCGUGUUCGUGGAAGUGCAGGACGUUAACGACAACCGACCCAUCUUCCUUCAGAACAGUUACGAGACCAGCAUCCUGGAGAGCGUUUCCCAGGGAACCAGCAUCCUUCAGGUCCAGGCUACAGAUGCAGACCAGGGGGAGAACGGUCGAGUCCUGUACCGGAUCCUCACCGGGAACAGCAACAAUCUGUUCAGCAUUGACCGGCAGACGGGGCUGGUGACGAGAGGCCUCAGGGCCCUGGACCGGGAAACCAGCAGUUCCCAUGUACUGGAGGUGGAGGCCUACAACAGCGACGAGGGCAGCAUGAGGAGCUCCGUCAGGGUGAUCGUAUACGUGGACGACGCUAACGACGAGGUGCCGGUGUUCACGCAGCAGCAGUACAACCGUCUGGGUCUACGGGAGACCGCCGGCAUCGGAACCUCCGUCAUAGUGGUCCGGGCCACCGAUCCAGACUCCGGUGAUGGUGGCGCCGUCGCCUACGCCAUCAUCUCCGGCUCAGACCGUAAGUUCGAGGUGGACGUGAGCACGGGCCUGGUGACCACCGUGGACUACCUGGACUACGAGACCAAGACCAGCUACCUGAUGAACGUGUCCGCCACCGACCAGGCAGCGCCCUUCCACAAAGGCUUCUGCACCGUCUACGUCACCUUACUGAACGAGCUGGACGAGGCCGUGGCGUUCUUCUCCGCCGGAUACGAGGCCUCGCUCAGAGAGAACAUCGCCACGGGAACCGAGGUGGUCCAGGUCCAGGCCCAGUCGGCCGACAACCUGAACCAGCUGACAUACCGCUUCGACCCCGACACGUCGCCGGCCGCUCUGGCUCUGUUCAAGAUAGACAGUGUCACAGGUCGCAUCACGGUGACGGGUCUUCUGGACCGGGAGAAGGGCGACAUGUACACCCUGACCAUUGUGGCUGAUGACGGAGGCCCCAAAAAGGACUCCACUGUGAAGGUGUCAAUCACGAUACUGGACGAGAACGACAACAGUCCAGAGUUUGACAUCACGUCUGACACAUCGGUGGACAUUUUGGAAAACACACCCAUGGGGAAGAAGGUAGCGGUGGUGUUGGCGAGGGACAGAGACGCAGGAGCCAACGGACUGGUGAACUUCUCUCUGGUGGCUGGAAACAUGGAGGAUGUGUUUAAGAUCAAGACGGUGAACCACACCUAUGGGGAGGUUUACGUCAACGCCCCCCUGGACAGAGAGUCUGUGGACAGAUACCUGCUGAAGGUGCGAGCAGCAGACAACGGUUCCCCUCCCAGACACACAGAUCACUCCCUCACCAUCAACAUCCUGGACGUCAACGACAACCCGCCGAUCAUCGAGAGUCAAAGAGGUUACAACGUCAGCAUCAGUGAGAAUGUUGGAGGCGGGACGUCGGUGCUCCGUGUGAUGGCGACUGACCGGGACAUCGGGCCCAACGCCAUGUUGUUUUACUACAUCACUGCCGGAAACCAGGACCUGACCUUCCGCAUGGACCGGGUCACGGGGGAGAUGGUGACCCGUCCGGCGCCCCCGGACCGAGAGCGGCAGCAGGAGUACCGGCUCAUCGUCACCGUGGAGGACGACGGGACGCCACCGCUGUCGGCUUCGACCACCGUCUACGUUCAGAUCGUGGAUGAAAACGACAACGCUCCCGAGUUCCCAGAGGAGGAGUACGUCACCGUCCUGAGUGAGGGGCCGGACACGGUGGGCGCCACCAUCGCUACGGUAACAGCCAUCGACCCCGACGAGGAUCUGAACGGCACGUUAAGAUACGCAAUCACCCAGGGCAACCUGAUCCAGACCUUUCACAUCAACAACAUCACGGGGAGGAUUACAGCGGUCAAGGAGCUGGACUAUGAGAUCAGUAACGGACACUAUGCGCUGGUCGUCACGGCAACAGACCAGUGUCCAAUCCCUGCUCUUCGUUUGACAUCUAGUACGACGGUGCUGGUGAACGUCCUGGAUGUGAAUGACGUGACCCCCACCUUCCCCAGAGCCUACGAGGGGCCCUUUGAGGUGACCGAGGGCCAGCCCGGUCCUCGAGUCUGGACCCUGCGAGCCAGCGAUGAAGACUCUGGACUCAACGGGAAAGUGGAAUACAGCAUCACCGGAGGAGAUCACCAGAAUGAGUUCAUGAUUUCCCCGGUGGAGGGAGAACUCCGGGUGAGGAAGGACGUGGAACUGGACCGAGAGACCGUCGGCUUCUACAACAUCACUGUGACGGCUCGAGAUCUGGGAACUCCAUCUCGCAACAGCUCGGUGGUGGUGGGGGUCUACGUCCUAGACACCAACGACAACGACCCGGUUCUCCUAAACCUGCCCUUCAACACCAGCGUGAGCGAAGGCGCCGCCAUACACACCUCUGUGGCCCGAGUCCGAGCCCGUGACGCAGACAGCGGCCCCAACGCGCUGCUGACGUUCAACAUCACCGCCGGCAACCAGGGCGGAGCUUUCUACAUUAACGACACUACUGGGGUGGUCCAUGUGAACCGUCCUCUGGACAGGGAGCGGGUGGCCCAGUACGUACUCACCAUCACUGUCAAGGACAACCCAGAAAACCCCCGCAUCGCUCGAAGGGACUCGGACCACAUGGUGAUCACCAUUCUGGAUGAAAACGACAACAGGCCCAUCUUCACCAGGACCAGCUACAGGGCAGAAAUCACCGAGAACUCUGCAGCAGGCAGUACGAUAACGGUGCUGAACGGGCCGGUUCUGGCCGUGGACAGAGACGUCGGACCCAACGCUGUGGUUAAAUAUCAGCUGUUCGGAACCAGGACGGACCUGUUCACCGUGGACACAGACACCGGUGUGAUACUGGUUCGUCAGGGGGCGGGGCUGGACCGCGAGGCCUUCCAGGAGCCUCGGGUGGAGCUGUCGGUGGUUGCGGUGGACGUCGGAGGUCUAAACAGCAGCGUCCCGCUCACAGUGACCAUCCUGGACCAGAAUGACAACCCUCCUGUCUUCAACCCGUCCUCUUUCAGUGUCCGACUGCCUGAGAACAGCCCGACUGGCGUGGUGGUCACUCAGCUUUCCGCCACCGACGCCGACUCCGGCUCCAACGGUUGGCUCACGUACCGUCUGGAAAGCGGAGCCCAGGACCGCUUCGUCGUCGACGCCAUCUCCGGCGCCGUCCUGGUCGGCAACACCACCCUCGACCGCGAAGAACGGGGCUCCUACCGCCUGGUCGUCAUGGCGACCGACCGAGGCACCCCUCCUCUGUCGGGCACGGCGGUGCUCACCAUCAUCCUGGACGACGUCAACGAUUCACGGCCUCGUUUCCUCAAAUCCAUUAGGAUGAUAAACGUCAACGAGUCCACGCCGCCCGGGGUGGUGGUGGCCACGCUGACCGCCGAGGACCCCGAUCUGCAUCCACGACUCGAGUAUUACAUUAUCUCGGUGGAAGCAAAGGAUGAUGGGAACAACCCAGUGGGCGGCCUGCAGGACUCCUUUGGCAUCGAUUUACACACCGGUGCAGUGUUUGUCCGUAACCCACUCAACAGAGAACUGGUCGCCACCUUUGAGAUAAUCGUAUCCGUCCACGACAACGCCAGUGAAGUUAUCGAUAAGUCGGGCAGCGUUCCCAACGCGAGACUGACCAUAAACAUACUGGACGUCAACGACAACGCCCCUCGGUUUCGACCUUUCGGAGUCACCAACUUCACAGAGAAGAUUCUGGAAGGGGCUCAGCCGGGGACCACGCUGCUGUCGGUGUCAGCCGUGGACCCAGAUAAAGGGCCCAACGGUCAGGUGAUCUACCAGCUGCUGCACCUGCCCAGAGGAGGAUACGUCCGACUGGAGGACUCGUCCACCGGUAAGAUCGUAGCCAACCAGACGGUGGAUUUUGAGCAGGUGCAGUGGCUGAAUUUCACCAUCCGAGCCCAGGACCACGGUUCUCCCCCCCGGAUAGCUGAGCUGCCGGUGUUUCUGCGAAUAGUGGACGUCAACGACAACAACCCUGUGUUCCUCCAGCCCUCAUACCAGGAGCCUGUGUUUGAGAACGUGAACCUGGGAACCGUCGUAGUCCGUGUGAAGGCGUCAGACGCCGACUCCGGCCUCUUUGCCGUCAUUGAAUACAGUCUGGUGGACGGCGAGGGCAAGUUUGGCAUCAGACCGACCACUGGGGAGAUCUACAUCCUGUCUCCUCUGGACCGAGAGACCAAGGACCAUUACACUCUGACGGCGGUGGCGCGAGACAACCCUGGUGGCAGCCCCAACAACCGACGGGAGAACUCUGUCCAGGUCCUGGUGACAGUCCUGGACGUCAACGAUUACCAGCCUCGCUUUGUGGAGCGAGUGUUCAACACCAGCGUGUUUGAAAACGAGCCCAGCGGGACGUCGGUGAUCACGGUGACCGCCAUCGACCUGGACCAAGGAGAGAACGGAGCCAUGCUCUACAGCAUGCUGGGAAAUCAUGCAGAUGCCUUCUCCCUGGACCCGAACACAGGCCUGGUUCGUUCUCGGCGCCGGCUUCUGUCCUCGGAGCGUUUCCACUUUACGGUGGUGGCCACGGACCAGGGCCGGCCUCCGAUGUCAGGCAUGGCCGACCUUAUCAUCACCGUCAUAGACGUCAAUGACAACAGACCAGUGUUUGUCCGACCCGCCAACGGAACCAUCAUCCACAUCUCAGAGGAGCAGCCUCCAGGCCUCCCCGUGUACGAGGUCCACGCCACGGAUUCAGACGAGGGGGUCAACGGAGAGGUCCGCUACGCCUUCCUCCAGACCGGAGCCGGGAACCGGGACUGGGAGAACUUCCACAUCGACGCCAUGUCAGGAGUGAUAACCACCACCGUCAAACUGGACCGAGAGAAGCAGGCCCUGCUCAGCCUUAUCAUUGUGGCCCGUGAUCUGGGCAAACCUGUGCCUUAUGAGACCACCCAGCCCCUGCAGGUGGCGCUGUUGGACAUCGACGACAACGAACCCGUCUUCCUCAAACCACCGAGCGGCGGCUCGCCUUUCCAAACGAUGACAGUGCCUGAACAUUCCCGCCCUGGAACUGUGGUGGGACAAGUGACCAGUGCCAUGGACGCCGACGAGGGCUCCAACGCCAUCGUCUACUACUUUAUCGCAGGGAGAAACAGUGACGGAAACUUUGUCCUGAGUCUAGACGGAGAGCUGAAGCUGAACAAGGACCUGGACCGGGAGGAGACCCCGGUCUACUCCAUCAUCGUCAAAGCCUCCAGCAACAGGAGCUGGACUCCUCCCAGAGGUCAAAGGGCAGCGCGGAACAGGAACCUGGACCCGGCCCGCGACCCCAGCCUGCUGGAAGUCCGCAUCGUCCUGGAGGACAUCAACGACCAGACGCCUCGGUUCACCAAGCCGGAGUACACGGCAGGAGUCGCGACUAAUGCUAAAGUGGGUUCGGAGCUGAUCAAAGUACUGGCCAUAGACAACGACAUCGGCAACAACAGCUUAGUCAACUACCACAUCGUCACGACGCACUACUUCCAGACGGAGACCAACGGCAGUGACAUCGUAGGCAACAUCUUCACUAUCGGACUGACUGACGGUAUCAUCCGUACCUACGACCUCUUCACCGCCUACAGACCAGGCUACUUCCAGCUGGAGAUCUUAGCCUGUGACCUCUCUGGCCGAUGUACGACGGCGAACGUCAACAUCUACAUCCUCCGCGACGACCAGAGGGUCAAAAUAGUCUUCAACGAGAUCCCAGACGUCGUCCGUGAAAACCAGGAGGACUUCCUAAACCUCCUGUCCAACAUCACCGGAGCCAUCGUCAACCUGGACGACAUCCAGUUCCAUGUGGACAAGAAGGACAGAGUGAAUUAUGGACAGACAGACAUGUUGAUCCAUGUCGUCAACAAUGACACCAACACCAUCCUCGAUGUUGAAAGAGUCAUCCAGAUGAUCGACGAGAACAAAGAGCAGCUGAGGAACCUGUUCCGGAAGCACAACGUGGUGGACGUCCAACCCGCCGUCUCCGGGAAACUGCCCGACGACAUGUCCACGCUGCAGCUGGUCAUCAUCAUCCUGGCUGUGCUGCUGUGUUUGGCAGGAAUUCUGUUUGUCACCAUGAACUGGCAUUACCGACGCGAACACGACAGGAAGCUGAAGGCUGUUGUUGCAGGAUCGUCAGGAAACCAGGGUCUGAUGGACAUCCUGGACAUGCCCAACACCAACAAGUACUCAUUCGAAGGGGCGAACCCGGUCUGGUUGGACCCGUUCUGUCGGAACCUGGAGCUGGCGGUCCAGGCCGACCACGAGGACGACCUGCCCGAGAACCUGAGUGAGAUCACGGACCUGUGGAACAGCCCAGCUCGAACCCACGGAACGUUCGGUCGAGAACCUCAGGCCAAACUGGAGGACGACCGGUACCUGAGAGCAGCCAUCCAGGAGUACGACAACAUCGCCAAGCUGGGUCAGAUCAUGAGGGAGGGGCCUAUCAAGCUGAUCCAGAGCGACCUGGACGACGAUGACGACGAGCGCCUGGGCGGCGGCCACGGCGGCCCUUUACGCUUCAAGCACAAACUGCCGGUGGAGCUGAAAGGCCCCGAAGGCGUCCACGUGGUCCACGGCAGCACGGGAACCCUGCUGACCUCUGACCUCAACAGCCUGCCCGAGGACGACCAGCGGGCCCUGGCGCGUUCUCUGGAGGCGCUGAACGCAGACGGGGGGCUUUACUCCGAACGCAACGCCCGCACGGAGUCGGCCAAGUCUACGCCCCUGCACCGCCACAAGGACGGGGACGCGCUGUCGGAGAGUCCGCUGGAGAUCACGGAGCUAUGA